CGCGGCCGCCCGGCCGCCGACGCCAUUGCUGGAAGAGUUCCCGCACUGCUCUGCGAGCGCCCUGUCCUCAGGCGGCCGCCAGAUAUGUCUUUGCAGGACUCCACUCUUUCCAGAGAGGGGAGCCCAGAGGAAGAGAUUAUGGCUGCUGUGGUUUUUUCAGUUGGACCUCUGAGUCCUGAAGUUCCCCAGCCAAAUGAAGAUCUUCACCUUCAGGCAGAAGAACAAGAAUUGGUAAAGGAAUCAGUGACAUUUAAAGAUGUGGCUAUAGACUUCACAUUGGAAGAGUGGAGGUUGAUGGACCCUACACAGAGGAAACUGCACAAGGAUGUGAUGCUAGAGAAUUAUAGGAAUCUUGUCUCCUUGGGGCUUGCAGUUUCCAAACCAGACAUGAUAUCUCAUUUGGAGGAUGGAAAAGGACCAUGGGUGGUAGUGAGAGAAACUUCAAAAACCCGCUAUUCAGAGUUGGAGACUAAACCUACAACCAAGAAUGCUAUACCAACAGAGAAUAUUUCUGAAGAAUGUUUAUCACAGGAGACCAUAGUAGAGAAACUCAUAGAGAAUGGUCUAUGGGACACCAAAAUGGGAGGAUUAUGGAAAUGGAGUGACAGGAUAUUGAGAUUGCAAGAUAGUCAAGAAAGUCAUUUGAGUCAAAGAAUAGUUAAACACAAGAAAAUUCCCACUCUUCAAAAAGGCUUUAGAUUUGGAUCUGUUCUUUUUCCAGAACCAGGAGUUAUCACAGAAGAGCCCCACAGCAAAUACCAAACACAUGAGGAAAAUUUUACAGAGAAUUUAGAUUUGAUUACAGAUACCCAUCUGGGGAAGAAAAUGUGCAAGGAUACAGAAGGCAACAAAGUCAUAAGCCCUGCUUCAGAACUCACUUUAGAGAAAAAAAACAAUAAUAAAGAAAAACCCUAUAAAUGUAGUACAUGUGAAAAGGCCUUCCGUUAUAGGUCAUUACUCAUUCAACAUCAGAGAACUCACACUAAAGAAAAACCUUAUGAAUGUAAUGAAUGUGGGAAAAUGUUCAGCCAGCCUUCAUAUCUUAGUCAACAUAAAAAAAUUCACACUGGAGAAAAGCCCUAUAAAUGUAAUGAAUGUGGAAAGGCCUUCAUUGCUUCUUCAUCCCUCAUGGUGCAUCAGAGAAUUCAUACUAAGGAGAAACCUUAUCAGUGCAAUGUUUGUGGAAAAUCUUUCAGCCAGUGUGCCCGCCUUAAUCAACACCAGAGAAUUCAAACUGGAGAGAAGCCCUAUAAAUGUAGUGAAUGUGGGAAAGCUUUUGGUGAUAAAUCAAAACUUGCAAGACAUCAGGAAACUCACAAUGGAGAAAAACCCUACAAAUGUAAUGAUUGUGGGAAAGCCUUUAGGAAUAAGUCAUAUCUUAGUGUACAUCAGAAGACCCAUACUGAAGAGAAACCAUAUAAAUGCAUUGAGUGUGGGAAAUCUUUCAAGAAUACCACAAUCUUUAAUGUUCAUCAGAGAAUUCAUACUGGAGAGAAACCCUUUAGAUGCAAUGAGUGUGGAAAAGCCUAUAGAAGUAAUUCAAGCCUUAUUGUACAUAUAAGAACUCAUACUGGGGAAAAACCCUAUGAAUGUAAUGAAUGUGGGAAAGCAUUCAAUCGUAUAGCAAAUUUCACGGAACAUCAGAGGAUUCAUACAGGAGAAAAACCCUAUAAAUGUAACGAAUGUGGGAAAGCAUUCAUCAAUUAUUCAUGCCUUACUGUACACCACAGAAUGCAUACAGGAGAGAAACCUUAUAAAUGUAAUGAAUGUGGAAAGGCCUUCAUGCGUUCUUCAUCUCUAAUUAUACAUCAGCGAAUUCAUACUGAGGAGAAACCUUAUCUCUGUAAUGAAUGUGGGGAAUCUUUCAGAAUAAAAUCACACUUAACUGUACAUCAGAGGAUUCAUACUGGAGAGAAACCAUAUAAAUGUACUGACUGUGAGAGGGCAUUUACCAAGAUGGUAAAUCUCAAGGAGCACCAGAAAAUUCAUACUGGUGUGAAACCCUACAACUGCUUUGAUUGUGGAAAAUCUUUCAGAACUAAGUCAUACCUUAUUGUACAUCAAAGGACCCAUACUGGAGAAAAACCAUAUAAGUGUAAUGAAUGUGAGAAAGCUUUCACUAAUACAUCACAGCUUACUGUGCAUCAAAGAAGGCAUACUGGAGAAAAACCCUAUAAAUGUAAUGAGUGUGGGAAGGUUUUCACAAGCAACUCAGGCUUUAAUACCCACCAAAGGACACAUACCGGGGAGAAACCAUUUAAAUGUAAUGACUGUGGCAAAGCAUUUAGCCAGAUGGUACAUGUCACAGAACAUCAGAAAAUCCAUAGUGGAGAGAAACCCUAUAAAUGCGAUGUCUGUGGAAAAGCCUUCAGGAGAGGUUCAUACCUUACAGUGCAUUGGAGAACACAUACUGGAGAAAAGCCCUAUACAUGUAAGGAAUGUGGGAAAGGUUGUAUUACUCUAUCACAGCUAACUCUACAUCAGAGAAUUCAUACUGGGGAGAGGCCCUAUAGAUGUGAAGAAUGUGGAAAAGCCUUCAGAACGAACUCAGACUUCACUGUACAUCUGAGGAUGCACACUGGAGAAAAACCCUAUAAAUGUAGUGAGUGUGGAAAAGCCUUUAGGAGUAGCUCAAGCCUUACUGUACAUCAAAGAAUACAUCAGAGAGAAGCUCAAUUAAUAUAGAGGACAGAAAAUUAUCAUCCAGAUAUGACAAGAAUCUUAUAAACUGUAUAUUUUAUGAAUGUGGGAAAAUGUUCAGGAGCAAUUUGCCAGAAAGUACACACUUCAUAAAUAUAAGAAUGUAGAAAAGCAAUUGGUCAUAUUAAAUCUUAGAAGUUAUAAGAAAAUUCAUAAUAAAAAGGGCAAAUGAAAGCCUUCAUCCAAAUUUCAUAUUUUAUUCAUUUAACAAAUUAUCUUCGAUGAAUUGCCUAUUUUUUUGCUGAUUUUCUUAUUGGUUUAUAUUUCUUAUAAAUCUGGAGGUGCCCUUAAUAUAUUUGAGAUAUUAAUCAUUUGACAUAUGUGUUGCAAAUGUUUUUCUUAAUCUCGUAUUUGUCUUUGUACUUUUUUAUGUAGUGAAAGAUUUUUAAGUCUUUAAUUUUUCAUAGUAAAAUAUUUACAUCUUUUCCUUUUUAUAUUUUUUAUUUACUCUUUUAGCAAUCCCCAGGUUAUAUAUAGUCUCCUAAAUUUGUUUCUAAUAUUCUGAUAGUUUUAUUUUUUACAUUGAAGUUUUAAUCCAUCUGGACUAGAUGGCUCUUCAUAGAAGAACAACUCCAAAUGCAUUGACCUAUGAAAAUAUUAUGAACCUAAAUAAACAAUACUCAGGGAAACGCAAAUUGAAACAACGAAUGAUAUGUUACUUCCACUUCAUGGAGUUGGCAAAAAUUAAGAGAUCUUUUGCUAGUGGAGUUUGGCAAACCAUAUACUCUUACCAAAUGGUUAUAUCAACUUAUAUUUCCACCAGCAAUCCAGCGGUAUAUAUUUUUUUUAAUUCUUAAGUAAAAUUUUAAAAGCACUUUGACCCAGCAGUCUCACUUUUGGGGAAUCUGCCCCACAGAAAUAAUAGCAUCAGUGCAAAAACAUAUGUAUAAAUAAGGAUGUUUAUUAAAGUAUUGUUUGUAGAGGCAAAGAAGAAACCCAACUGGAGACAAAGUGAAUGCCAAUUAAUAGGGGAAUGUGUGAAUAAAUUGUGAUAUAGCCAUACCAUGGAGAAGUAUGAGAGUAAUUUUUAAAAUGAGUUAUAGCUAUACUAGUUGACUUUAAGGUAUUUCCACAAUUUUUUGAUAAGUAAUUGCUUUAUUACAGAGAUGUAUAUAUACAAGAUUUCAUU